AUGGGGUCUUUGGAAGCCGCAUCUAGGCACAGAGACCCUUUGCCUGCCAUCGGUUUCUUGGGCAAGGACGGCUUAGGAUAUUCCUCCCACUCUGCGCAUACCCCCAUUCUCAGUCCUAACAACAUGUACUCCGGUCAACCGUUACCCUACUCUUACGCGCCAGCUACCACCAGUGGCCCAUCCCAACCAGGUUAUAUCUCACCACCAGAUUCACGUCGCGCUCUGGAUGAUGAUAAAGAAAAGGGUCGCCAAUCAUUACCUUCAAUCCACGAGGCUUUGGGCAAAGACAACCACCUCCCUUACCCUGCGCCGACCUCUGCUCCUCCCACACAACCUGGAUCAGCGCCUCCAUCACAUCUCAUCGGACGCUCCAGCGCAGAAGGACCACCCGGUCCUCCAAAUCCUUUCUCCAACGGCCCGGCCUCAGGGUCACUGAUGCGCGAACCAGGCUUUCCCCAUCAACCCCAGCUCCAGGCAGAGGCCUCGCGCACUAGUCUCGCCUCCAUCAGCACACAGGAGUCGCGUUCAUCACUCCAUUCUCUCAGUACCGGCAAGUCGCCGACUCAAAGCGCCAAAACUGGCAUCACUUCGGUUUCCGGUUCUCAAAACUCCUCCGCUUACGACUACAGCGCACCGCCCUCCGCCGGCAGUGUUGCUUCUCCCAAUUAUAGCCAUUUCCCUCCCAAUUACUCCUUUCCUCCUCAGCAGAGUGGCCCGUCAUACCACCCUACUGGACCUUACGAUAGCCGGUAUAUGAAUGCGCCUCGCGUGGAAGAAGUUAAGGGCUUCGGUCGUCCAAUGCCUGGCCAACUGCAUAGCGAUGCAGUGAAACGACAUCUAGAUAUUUACGAUGUGGAGUCAUCUCUCAAUGAGACUCAGCGGUCUGGGCCGAUCAUGGGAUCUCUCCCUACACUGGGUGAAGUGGAGGAGAUGCUCCAUAUGCAGCGUCGGAACCAAGAUGCCCUGAUACGCAUCAGGACAGCAGUGGUGAACCAAGAAGCGGCAUUAGCCGAGCAGAUUGCCCAAAGAAAGGCCUACAAGCCUGGCGAAGACGAGCACAUGGCCAUGUACCAAGAAGAGUACAAGGGCAACGGUGGAUUUGCUGGUGCUGAUUCAAAGAAACGGCGUGGAAAGGCAGCCCCUCCUGGUCGUUGCCACAGUUGUAACCGAGCCGAAACACCGGAAUGGCGUCGGGGUCCAGAUGGAGCCCGAACGCUGUGUAACGCGUGUGGCUUGCACUACGCCAAGCUGACUCGCAAAAUGGGUGCCAACAAAGCCGCAACCCUGGGAUCAAAUCUAAAGCCCAAAACGACGCUAGGAUCUGCAUCUCCUCCAAGUCAUUAA